UGCUCCACCCAAAGAAGAACCGGCCUUGGGAGUGGACGGAGAGCCACCAAAGAGCCUUUGAAGAGUUGAGGAACUUAAGGCGCAUAGCUGUAUUAGAAGUCAAUGAAGGCUGUUGGCACUAUUAAAAAUAACAAGUAAAUCAAGGCUGUCUCUCUCUCUGGCAGCUAAUUAAUAAAUUAAAAGGUAUUCAAAGUCUCAUCUUCAUUACUAUAUAAUACUAAUCUAUACUGGAGAUAUAGAAGAUGAAGUUAACAACUUUGAUCUUUCUUUCUUUCUCCCGUCUACGCCACGAAUUAAGCAGUUGAAGGAUGGAUAGUGCAAUGGCAUUGAUGAGUUCCAACAUCAUGACUCUGCCUUGUGAAGUCUUGGUGGACAUAUUCUCUAGGCUUUCACUCAAACAUGUACACCAACUUCAAACUGUUUCAAAGUUAUGGUUCAAAAUAAUCUCUAGUCCACAUUUCAGAAGACUCUACAACGUGAAAUCCAUGAAUCGUCCUCAAGCACGUGUAGUUCAAGUACCUGACACCAAGUUUUCACCGAGAUGGGAAAUGAUUAGUCGAACCAUCAUUAUAUCAGCUAUGGACCUCAAUAUUGACAACAGUGAGAUCCAGGAAGAGUUCAGUUUUGAGGAUAUUAUGGCCCCUCAACACUCCUUCACCAUAUCAUCCAAUCUCAUCAUUUUCAAUCACAAGGUAUGCAAUCCUACAACAAAAGAGAUCAUAGACAUACCAAUAUCAAGUCAUCCAUCAAUUAGUUUCGAUGCUUCGUAUAUCCCAUCCAACAAUACAUACAAGGUUGUCCAUUUAUAUGGUACCAAACCUGGCCAUGACUACAACUUCAACUAUGGUGGUACCCCUGUAGAGUUCCGAUUUGAGACUCUUACACUACGAGAUGGAGGACCAGUUCCUAGUUCUUGGAAAGCCCUGACACACCAAGAAUGGUUUUCUAGUAAGAUAGAGUCAACAUGUGUAAAUGGUGUAGUUCAUUGGUUGCUUGAAAGAGGACUUCGAAAGGAAAGGCGUAUCAUUUCAAUGGAUAUUGAAAGUGAGAAUUUCUUGAGUUCCAUUGGUUGCCCAAAUAAUCCUUAUGUGGAGGAGGCACCGAUACUCGAGAAUGUUCAGUUAGCAGAUUUGAAUGGGAGGUUAUGUUUAGCUUACUACUCAGAAGAAUUAUUCAGGAUGGAUCUAUACUUUGUCAAGGAUCGGACGAACCAAGAAUGGGUAAAGGAACAUACUAUCAAUUUAUCAGCUGGUAUGGGGAGUUGGUUCAAAAUAGUAGGGUAUGUACAAUUACAAGGCAACAAUGGAGACAUUGUUAUUGAUGGUAAACAACUUAUCCUCUAUAACAUUGAAGAGAAUAGGUUUAGAAGUCUACCUAGGCCUAAAAUGAACAUUCAUAUUGGCUUGUACUUUGAUAGAUGUUUUAAGUUAGAAAGCACAAUGCAACAAACUGUAGAUUUUCUAUCUAAUUAGUGGAUCUUUGUAUUAAUGAUGUUGUACUCCAAAUAUGUUUUGAGUCUUCUACCUAGUGAAAUUUUAGCUAUGUAGUUCAUUGAAAAGGGAUGCAAAAUGGCUUAAAGAGACUCUGUUAAGGGAAGGGUAUCAAGAAUCUAAAUAUGCAAAAUAGGAGUCUCUUGAUGAGAUGAUUGUGGAGAUUUAGGGGUCGUUCGGUAGCUGA